GCGGCGAAGGGACGGGCACGUCGAGGGCUGCGGACGCCGCGCAGGGCGCUGCCACGGGCUGUGGGGCCGCGGUCGAGGCGGCGGGCAGACCGCGCUGUCGGAGGGCCGAGCCUCAGGGCCUGCAGAGAUGCUGGCUGUCCCGGAGCUGGGCCUGCAGGGGCUGUACAUCGGCUCCAGCCCAGAGCGGUCCCCCAUUCCCAGCCCACCCGGCUCCCCAAGGACCCAGGAAAGCUGUGGCAUUGCCCCCCUCACACCCUCGCAGUCUCCAAAGCCCGAGGCCCGAGCCCCCCAGCAGGCCUCCUUCUCUGUGGUGGUGGCCAUCGACUUCGGUACCACUUCCAGUGGCUAUGCCUUCAGCUUUGCCAGUGACCCUGAGGCCAUCCACAUGAUGAGGAAAUGGGAGGGCGGGGACCCAGGCGUGGCGCACCAGAAGACCCCCACCUGCCUCCUGCUGACCCCGGAGGGGGCCUUUCACAGCUUUGGCUACACUGCCCGUGAUUACUACCACGAUCUAGACCCUGAGGAGGCUCGGGACUGGCUCUACUUCGAGAAGUUCAAGAUGAAGAUCCACAGCGCCACUGAUCUCACCUUGAAGACCCAGCUGGAGGCGGUCAAUGGAAAGAAAAUGCCUGCCCUGGAGGUGUUCGCCCACGCCCUGCGCUUCUUCAAGGAGCAUGCUCUCCAGGAGCUGCGGGAGCAGUGCCCAUCGCUGCCAGAGAAGGACACGGUGCGCUGGGUGCUGACGGUGCCCGCCAUCUGGAAACAGCCCGCCAAGCAGUUCAUGCGGGAGGCUGCCUACCUGGCGGGCCUGGUGUCCAGAGAGACUGCAGAGCAACUGCUCAUCGCCCUGGAGCCUGAGGCGGCCUCGGUCUACUGCCGCAAGCUGCGCCUGCACCAGCUCCUCGACCUGAGCUGCCGGGCCCCAGGCAGCGGGCGCCUGGGCGAGCGCCGCUCCAUCGACUCCAGCUUCCGGCAAGCCCGCGAGCAGCUGCGAAGGUCCCGCCACAGCCGCACGUUCCUGGUGGAGUCGGGGGUCGGAGAGCUGUGGGCAGAGUUGCAAGCAGGAGACCGCUACGUGGUGGCAGACUGCGGAGGCGGCACGGUGGACCUGACCGUGCACCAGCUGGAGCAGCCCCAUGGCACCCUCAAGGAGCUCUACAAGGCGUCGGGUGGCCCCUAUGGCGCGGUGGGCGUAGACCUAGCCUUCGAGCAGCUGCUGGGUCGUAUCUUCGGCGUGGACUUCAUUGCCACCUUCAAAAGGCAACGGCCAGCAGCCUGGGUAGAUCUGACCAUCGCCUUCGAAGCCCGCAAACGCACGGCAGGCCCUCACCGUGCGGGGGCGCUCAACAUCUCACUGCCCUUCUCCUUCAUCGACUUCUACCGCAAGCAGCGAGGCCACAACGUGGAGACGGCCCUGCGCAGGAGCAGCGUGAACUUCGUGAAGUGGUCCUCACAGGGGAUGCUCAGGAUGUCUUGUGAGGCCAUGAACGAGCUCUUCCAGCCCACAGUCAGAGGGAUCAUCCAACACAUAGAGGCGCUGCUGGCGCGGCCGGAGGUGCAGGGGGUGAAGCUGCUGUUCCUGGUGGGCGGCUUCGCCGAGUCAGCGGUGCUGCAGCACGCGGUGCAGGCGGCGCUGGGCCCCCGCGGCCUGCGCGUGGUGGUCCCGCACGACGUGGGCCUCACCAUCCUCAAGGGCGCCGUGCUGUUCGGGCAGGCGCCCGGGGUGGUGCGGGUGCGCCGCUCGCCGCUCACCUACGGCGUGGGCGUGCUCAACCGCUUCGUGGACGGGCGCCACCCGCCGGACAAGCUGCUGGUCCGCGACGGCCGCCGCUGGUGCACCGACGUUUUCGAGCGCUUCGUGGCCGCCGAGCAGUCGGUGGCGCUGGGCGAGGAGGUGCGUCGCAGCUACUGCCCGGCGCGCCCCGGCCAGCGGCGCGUGCUCAUCAACCUGUACUGCUGCGCCGCCGAGGACGCGCGCUUCAUCACCGACCCGGGCGUGCGCAAGUGCGGCGCGCUCAACCUCGAGCUCGAGCCCGCGCCCGCUGAAGGCGGCCCGGACGCCGCCGGUGCGCCCCCCGGACGCCGCGAGAUCCGUGCCGCCAUGCAGUUUGGCGACACCGAAAUUAAGGUCACCGCCGUCGACGUCAGCACCAAUCGCUCGGUGCGAGCCUCCAUUGACUUUCUUUCCAAUUGA